CCAAAGGGCUUUUGCAGUCAWUCCCUGUCCUCAYUAUCCCCUUUGACAAGGUGGGGGUAGACAUUAUUGGCCCCAUGUCCAAUAAAACACAAGAUGGACAUCAAUGUAUUUUGACUGCUAUUGAUUUUGCUACCAGAUACCCAGAAGCAAUUCCCUUGAAGGAAACAAACUCGAAAACGGUGGCAAACGCGUUGCUUAACCUGUUUGCACGUGUGGGGUUCCCUAGAUCAAUUGUCACUGAUCUAUCUAGAAACUACCUUCAUGUCCCAGAUGAUGCAAGAGAUAUUCCGAACCUGUGGGAUAAAGCAUCUAACGUCCACUCCGUAUCAUCCGCAGACCAACGGCUUGACAGAAAGGUUCAAUGGCACCUAAAUCAUAUGCUGAAGACAUACGUCCAUAAAAAUCCCAAUGACUGGGACAGAAAACKGCAGCACUUAUUAUUUGCUUAUAGGGAAGUGCCCCAGGAAAGCACAAAGUUUAGUCCCUUCGAGUUGCCCUAUGGGAGAACACCUCAUGGGCCCAUGGACAUUUUGAAAGAAGCAUGGACUGGAGUGGAGCAGAUCCCAGAGACUGACAUCGGUAGUUAUAUUGAGGACUUGCAGAGACAUUUAUCAACCAUAAGGGACUKUGUAGCCGAGAGUCUGUCGACUGCGCAGCUGAGACAGAAGGAGCAGGCAGAUCUCCACGCAAGACAUCGGACUUUGAAUGUGGGGGAUAAAGUGCUUGUAUUAAAACSAAGGUCAAAAAGAAAGCUAGAAGWYGCAUGGGAAGGUCCCUAUACAGUUCUGYCUAAGAUWUCUGARGUGACKUAUUUAGUGGGAGAAAACUUYGAGGGAGGGAGAUGUAAAAAGUUACAUGUAAACAUGUUAAAGCCUUAUCACUCAAGGGCUAAUGUGAUUAUGCAAGUCUCCCAAGAGACAGAURGAGCGGUUUCAUUGUCUGGUUGGGGGAAGGUGUGUUCUGAUUGUACCCUGCCUUCUGUGGAGGAAAAUACAAACCUCACAGCGCCACAGAAAAAGCAGCUGCAAGAUCUAUUACACCAGUAUAGAGAGGUAUUUUCUAACAUACCUGGGAGAACUAAUUUAGCCUGUCAUCMUAUCAACACAGGGACAGCUAAUCCCAUUUCAUCUUCACCAUACCGUGUAACAGGGGAGCGGGCCAAGUUAAUCCCAAAAGAGAUUCGGGAGAUGUUACAUCUUGGUUUGAUAGUCCCAUCAAGUAGCCCAUGGUCAUCUCCCAUUAUUUUAGUUCCUAAACCGGACAACACUAUUAGGUUUUGUGUUGAUUAUGGUAAAUUAAAUCAGGUCACUGUUUUGGAUGUUUAUCCUAUGCCAAGAAUAAAUGAACUUAUUGAGACCAUAGGAUCAGCCCAGUAUAUAACAAUUUUAGACCUGAGAAAAGGGUAUUGGCAGGUCACUAUGAAUCCCGAGGAUCAGGAGAAAACUGCUUUUAUUACACAGGAUGGUUUAUAUCAUUGUUUGGUUCUUCCUUUUGGCUUAAAAAAUGCACCAGCAACUUUCCAAAGGUUAUUUGACCAAAUGUUAGCAGGAAUGAAAGAUUUUGUCCAGGCGUAUAUAGAUGAUCUGUCUGUCUAUAGUCAAACGUGGGAGCAGCACCUGGAACACUUGGGGAAGGUGUUGAGUAGGUGAAAUACCUUGGCCAUGUGGUCGGAGGUGGAACCAUAUUGCCAGAUAUGGACAAGGUGCAAGCCAUAAGGG